CUCAAGUCCAGUUUGGAUCUGACGCUAAACGAACAAACAUUUAAAACCGGUUGCGAGUUUUUUGUUUUUAUUUUUGGUUAUUGUGUGUAUAAAUAAAUAUAAUAAAAAUAAAUAAAAUUUUUAAAUAAUAAUUGUGUUAAUUAAUUUAAAUAUUCUAACACGAUUAAUUAUUGUUUAAAAAUCGAAAAGUCAUGAAGCCAAUAUUAAGCUUAGCUUUAAUAUUUUUACAAAUUUUAAUAUUUGUUAAUGCCAGCGGUUUCUACUCUAUUGUGGCUCCUGGCACCAUACAGUCUCACCAUGAUUAUUCGGUCAGUGUCACUCUACAUGAAAACUCAGAACCGGCUACAAUAAAAGUGGGCAUAACGGGACCAUCAUACAAUGAAGCAAAAACCAUCGAUGUCUCUCCCUCCCAAACAGAGGUGGUAAAUUUCGAAAUACCCAAGUUAAAAUCGGGCAAAUAUCAGUUAGAAUCAGAGGGCAUUAAAGGUUUAAUAUUCAAAAACUCCACCGAAUUGAAUUUUAAAAAUAAAGAACCCAAAACAUAUAUACAAACUGACAAAGCGGUCUAUAAGCCAGGUGAUUUAGUACAAUAUCGCAUUGUUGUAUUGGAUGAAAACACAAGACCCGCAAAAUUAGAAAAGCCUCUGAGAUUAGGCUUUAAAGAUGGUGCCGGCAACUUUAUUAAGCAAAUAAAAGACAUCAAAUUGACAAAAGGUGUUUACACCGGAGAGUUUCAAUUAUCCGAACAACCGGUUUUGGGUGAAUGGAUGAUGCAGGUUAAUUUGGGCCCCAAUGAAGAUGAUACUAGAACUGAGAAGAAAUUUGAAGUGGCCAAAUAUGUGUUGCCCAAAUUCAGUGUCGAGAUAGAGACUGCUAAGGAUAUUUCCUAUGAGGAUGCUCUGAAAAUUACAGUACGUUCCAAGUACACUUACGGUAAACCGGUUAAGGGUCAAGCUACCAUUACAGUGGAUGCCAAUAAUGGACAAUCGAAGUCGGAGAAAAUCAUCGAAGUAGAUGGCAAAGCCCAUGUAGAAUUCGAUUUAAAAAAAGAUCUGGAUUAUGCAUUUCCCGAAUAUAAUAAUCGUUUUGGCUACUAUUCGUACACACCGCCAAUCAAUAUCUUGGCUGUCAUGUCAGAAGAAUACACAGGCAAUAAACAAAAUAAAACCACUACUGUCAAUUUACAUCGUUCACGCUACAACGUUGAGGUGCCUCAAAAUGUUUAUCAAUAUGUGGCCAAUAAACCAUUCGAAUUAAAGGCAUUUGUGAAAAAUCUUGAUGGUUCACCCGUGCAGGAUGGCAAGCAUAUGGCUAAACUAACGAUCGGUAAAAGUCGUCGAUACUACAAUGACAAUGCAGAGGCAGAAGAAAUAGACUUUGAGUUUACUAGUCAACCCGAUAAAAAUGGUAUGGCUGUGUUUAAGGUGACUAUACCUUCGGUAGGUUACUACUACAAUGUGAAAUUGACAUAUGCCGAUCAAAUGAAAUACCUUCCCAGUUUGACUGGUAAGGAAAAGGAUGAGAACGAUGACAAAGACAUUGAAGUUAAAGAUGGUGAAGAAGACGUGGGACCCUUGAAGUUGGUUAAGAAAACGGAAAAACUUCAACUAGAUCAAGAUGUUGUAAUCGAUGUGAAAUCUAAUAAAAAUAUUCCCUAUUACGUCUAUGCCAUAGUAGCCCGUGGCAACAUUAUCAAACAGGAACAUGUUAAGGUGCCGGAAAAUGUCAAGUCUCAUGAAAUCAAAUUUAAACCUUCAUUUGAAAUGGUACCCGAGUCACAUUUAUAUGUUUAUUUCGUGCUUGAUGGCGAUUUGAAGUUUCAAGAAAUUUCACUUAAUUUUCCCAAAGAAUUUCUAAAUAAAAUUGAAAUUACUGCCCCCAAACAAGCUAAGCCAAGUGAAGAGGUUACAUUGAACAUUAAAACUGAUCCAGAUUCAUUUGUGGGUCUUUUGGGUGUAGAUCAAAGUGUCCUAUUGCUGCAAUCAGGCAACGAUUUGGAUUCCAACAAAAUAAUUAACGAUUUAAGUACCUACGAUACUACAACACCUUACAUUAGGGGUUAUGGCACCUAUCCGGGUAAAGCGUCAGGUUUGAUUACCCAAACCAAUGCCAAUUAUCCUUAUUCCACCGCAGACUUUUCAGAAAUGCUAUACUAUGCCUUUGAAGAUAGGUCAUCUUUUGAAUUUAUUCAGCCACGAUUUUCAUCCAAUUCGCGACCUCGCGUAUUAUACCUAUCAAGUGCCGGAGAUAAUCACCAAAAAAUUAACCACAUGAGUCAUAUUCCUACACGAACUACGUCAUCUGCUGCAAACGUUGUAACAAAAGUGCGCAAAAUGUUUAUUGAAAAUUGGAUUUUUAAUAAUUUGAACAACACUGAUAAAAAUGGUUUGGCUACUCUUACCAAAAACAUACCCGACACCAUAACUUCUUGGGUGGUAACCGGCUUUUCAUUGAACGACAAAACCGGCUUUGGCAUGGUGGCAAAUCCCACAAACAUCGAAGUAUUCCAACCCUUCUUUGUGAGCACUAAUUUGCCAUAUUCCGUUAAGCGUGGUGAGGUGAUAUCCAUACCCAUAGUUGUCUUCAAUUACAUGGACAAAGCUUUGGAUGCUGAAGUUACUAUGGAAAAUACCGAUGACGAAUAUGAUUUCACUGAAGUCUCCAAUGAAAUUGAGGAAUUGGUUUUGGAGGAGAAGCAACGUAAGAAAACAGUAACAGUGGCCUCGAACAGCGGCAAGAGUGUAUCAUUCAUGAUCCGUCCCAACAAAGUGGGAGAAAUCACAUUGAAAAUUAAAGCCAUAACACCCUUGGCUGGUGAUGCCAUACAUCAAAAGCUCAAAGUUGAACCAGAAGGUAUUACUCAGUAUGAAAAUCAAGCCAUAUUUAUAACACCAGCUGCUUCUAAAGAACCCAUUAAGGAAACCCUUAAGGCAGCUAUACCCAAAGAUGCGGUUUUGGACUCGGAAUAUUUGGAAUUUUCUGUGGUUGGCGACAUCUUAGGUCCCACCAUUAAGAAUAUCGACAAAUUGGUGCGCAAACCGUACGGCUGUGGUGAACAGAAUAUGGUCAACUUUGUGCCCAAUAUACUGGUGUUGCAUUAUUUGGAUGCUAUUAACCGUGAUAUGCCAACAGUAGUUCAAAAGGCCAAAAAUUACAUGGAAGUUGGUUAUCAACGCGAAUUGACCUAUAAGCAUAAGAAUGGAGCCUACAGUGCUUUCGGCGAGGGCCACAGUGAACCAAACAGUUGGCUCACAGCUUAUGUGGCACGUUCCUUUAUACAGGCUAGAAAAUACAUUACCAUUGACACGGACGUCAUUGAUCAAGCUUUGGAAUAUGUAGUAUCGAAUCAAGAGAAGAGCGGUCAAUUUAAACAGACCGGCCGUUUAUUCCAUCCAGCUCAUCAGAACGAUGUUGGCUUUACGGCAUUUUCAUUGCAAGCUCUUUUGGAGGACAUGGACUACUCCAACAAAUACAAACCCGAAAUCGAAAUGGGUAUUAAGUACUUGGUAGAUAAUAUUGACAAGGAGGAUGACACCUAUGCUCUGGCUCUAUCGCUUGUGGUCUUAAAGAAAGUACAACAUCCUAGUGCCGGCAAACUUAUGGAAAAACUAGAAAAAUUAGCUCAUGAGGAGAAUGGUCUUAAAUGGUGGACGAAUUCAGCAAAGGAUCAUAGUAAUGAUAUCGAAAUAACGGCUUAUAUAUUGGAAGCUUAUGUGUACAGCGAACCAGCUGGAAAACUAUUGCCCAUUAUUAAAUGGUUGAUAGGUAAUCGUAAUAGCAUGGGAGGCUUCGAUUCAACACAAGAUACAGUUGUGGGUCUACAAGCCCUCAUCAAUUUUGCUGAAAAGUAUAUUACUGCUGGUGAUGGUAAAAUGACAAUUAAAUUCGAGGCUCAAGAUGGCGAAGGAAAAGAAACAACUAAAGGUAGUUUCUCGGUGGAUAAGGAGAAUUCGUUGAUUUUACAAACCCAUGUGCUUCCCAAAUCAUCGCGCCAAAUAACUUUGGAAGCCAAUGGUGAAGGCUCAUCGCUCGUACAAUUAUCCUACCGCUACAAUUUAGCCACCAAAGAUGACAAACCUAGUUUCAGCAUCAAGCACACAAUUCAAUCAACUCCCUAUCCCAGUCUAUUGAAAAUGGAUGUUUGCGCCGACUUUGUUCCUGGAGCUAAGAGUGACAUCAAAGAAUCAAACAUGGCCAUUAUGGAGGUAUAUCUGCCAUCUGGUUUUACCGCCGAUGCAGAUAAAUUCGAUGCCAUACGUCAAGCCAAACAAGUGCAACGCGUUGAAACUAAAAAUUCCGAUACGGCCAUUAUAAUCUAUUUCGAUUUUCUUACGGCUGGUGAAGAGGUUUGCUUUGAAGUGAAUGCAGAGAAGACUCAUGCCGUGGCCAAGCAAAAGCCAGCUGCCAUCACUAUGUAUGACUACUAUAAUUCAGAACAACGCGCCACUGUAUACUAUGAAGUGAAGUCAUCGUUGUGUGAUAUUUGCGAAAAGGAAGAAUGUGGCAAAGGCUGUGACAAUAGAGCAGCCAAUAAAUUCUAAUGAAUUAUUUAAAAUAUAUUUUUAAUUAAAUUCUCAAUUUAUUCCCUAAAUUUAUACAUAUUGUUAUGAUAUAAAAUAUUAAUAUGAUAUAAAUGCAUAAAGUAAAAUUAAAA